AUGGAGCAACUUUUCAAUAACACAUUCAGUUUCAACCUUCAGAUUGCCAGAUUUGAUGUCCCGCCUCAAGCUAUUUAUCCUGUUUUUAUCAUUGGAGCUCUGAUCUAUUUGUUUGCUGUGUUCUGUAAUGUAACAAUUUUAGCAUUGAUUGUUACCCAGCAAAGCCUUCAUAAGCCUAUGUUUUACAUUUUGUUCAGCCUUCCUUUGAUAGACCUAAUAGCAAUUACAUUUGCUUUCCCCAGAGUUCUUUUGGAUAUUGUAACCCAAACAAAUAUGGUCUACUACCCGACAUGUAUUCUACAGGGAUUUGUUCUUCAUUCAUAUGGCGGUGGUGUUCUUUUCAUUCUGGCAGCCAUGUCAUUUGAUCGGUGCAUAGCCAUAUGCAUGCCACUCAGAUAUAAUUCUAUAAUGAGUCCAUAUACAGUUGGUGGUGUAAUAGCACUGGCUUGGGGCCUUGAUUUUUCAAUGAUUGUUGUAUUGUUUGCUCUCCAGGCAAGAUUUCCAAAAUGUAAGACAUUCAUUUUUAAUGUUUAUUGUAGCAAUAGUGCACUAUUACAGCUGUCGUGUGGUGGCGACCUUACUGUGAAUAAUGUUUAUGGAUUAGCUAUAACUGGAGUUAUGCAAGGUAUUAGUGUGACUAUUCAAUUAUUGUCCUAUGUACUCAUUCUUAAAACUUGUCUUUCAAACACACAAGCCAAUGCUAGAAGUAAGGCUAUAAACACAUGUUUAGCACAAAUACUUACAUUUGUCCUGUAUGAAAUAGUUUCGACAUUUACCAUACUUUCAAAUCGUUUUCAGAAUAUACCACCAAUUGCACAACAAAUAAGUGGUUUGAUGAUUUUCACAAUUCUUCCAGUGGUAAAUCCAAUUAUAUAUGGAAUGAAAACAAGAGAGAUUCGAAAUACCUUCAUCAUUGUGCUGAAAAAACGAAAGGUGGCAUUUGCAUAA